UGCAGCUUUACACACCUAAAUGCAAGUUCUCCCGGACACGACUGUUGAAGUUGGCACAUCUAUUAAGCGUGUACCAGAGCAAGAAACAGCCUUCUGUUGACCGGAGGAAAAAUCAGCUCUGCAGAAAUGGAAUUAAGGUCCAAGGAUGUUCAUUGAGUAUUAAAAGAAAACAAAUGGAGCUAAAACUCUACCUUCCAGCCUGCAUGAAGAAAUACCGUUGAUGAAAAGCUUUUGUUACAGAGACCCAAGUACCAUAAUGGUAAAAAGAUUCCUACAUGAUUUUAAGGCAUACAGGAACUGCAAAUUCUCUCAUUUGCGAUGUAUAUAGUGUCCUGUAAAAAAAAAACUUAAGAAAUUUACUGUAUGUACUGUUAUAUUUCAAUGUUAACUAAUUUGACUUCUAAAGAAUUUUGAUUUCCUAAAUGAAAGUGUACAUCUUUUUUCAAUCCAAUCAAAAUGCUUACCUUGAACUUGGCUGAAAACAACAAAAACCCUGAUUUUUUUGGCAUUACCACCAAACUGUGAGUACUAGUAUCUUUUCCGCAGAUAUUUCAACCAUGGAAGCUUACUCUGCCUCAUUAUCACCCAUUAUAUGUAAUGGCACAGCUUUCAACCUAAAUGGAUCACAUUUGUGUAAUGAAAGCUUAUCUUCUAGAUUAGCUGAUAAAUCAGAACACCAACAAUAUGUUAUUGGUCUUUUCUUAUCAUGUCUUUACACAAUAUUUCUUUUUCCCAUUGGUUUUGUAGGAAACAUUCUGAUACUGGUUGUCAACAUAAGCUUUCGUGAAAAAAUGACUAUUCCAGACCUUUACUUCAUAAACCUUGCAGUAGCUGAUCUCAUUUUAGUUGCUGAUUCUCUUAUUGAGGUUUUUAAUCUUGAUGAAAAGUAUUACGAUAUCACUAUUAUUUGUACCUUUAUGUCUUUGUUCCUUCAGAUCAACAUGUAUAGCAGCAUUUUCUUUCUGACAUGGAUGAGUUUUGACAGAUACAUAGCACUGGCAAAAGUAAUGAGGUCCAACAUAUUUCGCACUAUGCAACACGCUAGAAUAAGCUGUGGUCUCAUAUGGAUGGCAUCUAUUUCUGCAGCACUAGUUCCAUUUACAGCUGUGCAUUUACAACACACCGGAGAGGUCUAUUUUUGUUUUGCAGAUGUAAAAGAAAUCCAAUGGCUAGAAAUAACCUUGGGGUUUAUUAUCCCCUUUGUGAUCAUCGGUCUUUGUUACUCACUAAUUGUUCGAGUUCUUAUAAAAGCCCACAAGCACAGGAGUCUUCGUCUGCGGCGACAGAAGGCUCUUCGAAUGAUUUUUGUUGUUGUCUUGGUUUUCUUUAUCUGCUGGCUACCUGAAAACGUCUUCAUUAGUGUUCAACUUCUUCAAAAGAAAAGCGAGCCUGUGUCUUCAAGCAGCCCAUCCUUCAGACAUGAUUAUCCUUUAACAGGACAUAUUGUGAACCUAGCAGCUUUUUCUAAUAGCUGUUUGAACCCUUUAAUUUACAGUUUUCUAGGGGAAACCUUCAGAGACAAACUGCGACUGUACAUUGAACAGAAAACAAAAAUGUCAACAUUGCAUCGCUUUUGUCAGGCUGCCUUCACAUCUGUCAUUCCUGACAGUAAUGAGCAAUCAGAAGUCUGAUUUAGGAGUAGCUGUAUAAAACAUAUGACUGUGAAGUUGUGCAAACAGUGAACAAAAUGCUUUCUACUAACAGAAAAAAAGUGCAUUUGUGUGUGUGUGUGCAUAUAUAUAUUAGUAUUACUCUACUGAGUAUUGAAGGUUUAUAUUCAAAAUGUUUUUAUGACAAGACUUAAAUGUAGAAGCAUGUGUUAGUCAGAUUUAAUUAUGAACAGGAUUAUUAAAAGCUGAGCACUGAAGGAGCUUUAUUUUAUAUUACACAUGUAUGAACAACAAUAUGAAGGGGAAUUUUAUCGAGGUACAAAGACUCCAGAUGUAACCCACUGAUCAGAGAUGCUACUUUGCUGGUGUAUAUAAAGUACUUCCACCGAAAUAAUGAAGCUGCCAU